AUGGAACGCAUGCGUACAUUGGAACGUGUGGUGGAAACCCGGAUAGACCUUCUGGAAUGGGAGUCACCGGCUCCGAAGGAGGAUUGUGCAGCAUGUCGCGCACUCGACUGCGACAUCAUCUUCGCACUUCUGUUCACCAUGGUGAUCGCCUGCCUACUGGUGCUAAUCAUGUGUGUAUACACGUUUGUCGCGGGACCGAGGCAACGCGUGAAACUAGAAUUUGAACAUUUUCAUCUUGCCGGCAGUUCCGAAAGCUGCGAAGUUGAAUACGUUGACAUAUAUUCGGAGCUUGAACGUGUGGAAUCCGAUCUACUGUCAGCGUCUUUGGGUGGUAGAUAUUGCGGUACCGUAUCACCUCAUGUCAGAAUAAGUCUCCAUCGUGUCCUUGUGCUUGUGUUCCAUUCACGUGCAAGAGAAGUUGAUCGACAAUUCGGCUUUCGCGGACGGUAUUCGUUCAUACCCGAUACAAAAUAUCGAGCUGGUACAUCGAUUAACGGUGAAAACGAAUGCAAUUUCCUCAUAGAGGCUUCUAAACGUAGAAGAGGUGCUAUUUUUUCGCCAACAUAUCCUGGCACCUAUCCAAAGAAUUUUCAUUGCUCAUACUUGCUCAAAGGAAGACCCGGUCAGCGUAUACGAUUGUUCUUUCGCGAUUUCGAUAUUUACUUUGGCGGUGAACAUUGUCCUUAUGACUCUGUCACUAUAUUCGAUGGUCCCACUACGAGUUCUCCAAUUAUCAAAAAGGUAUGUGGUCUUCAGCAACGAACAGAAAUGUACUCUGUGGGCACAGAAGCGCUUAUUCAUUUUAACACAACUAAUCCAUCCAAAGCUGAUCCGAGAGGAUUCGUUAUAGAGUACGAAUUUUCUAAUAGAUUUGUGGAUGUGGCCCAGUUGUUGCAUGGACAGAAAGGUGUCACACAUAUGAGAGGAACGGAAUGCGAUGUCCGAGUGGAGAGUAAUCGAGAGACCACACAUUACAUCUAUUCCCCGAAGUUUCCCGACAUGUAUCCGUUAAAUACUACCUGCACCUACAUUCUUGAUGGGCUACAGGGAGAUCAAAAUUUGGAAAAAGUAAUUCUUACAUUUGAAGAAUUUGCCGUGCUUUCUGACGAUGAGAGUAUGAUAAUCACGGAACCGCCACAUAUAGACGACAUUGCCUGUCCGGCUGCUUGGGUGGGUGUGGCCAUAUCGGACGCGACAAUGAAAGCAACUCUGUCCUCAACUGAUGAAAGUAAUUUUGAGACGACCUUGUGCGAACGGAUACCCUCUCUUUCACCGUUAAUGGGACCUUAUGUGAGCGCUGGUCCACGUAUGGUGGUUCAAUUCGGGACGACUGACAAGCUUAUCACCGAUGGGCUUCACCCUAUUGGAUUUAAGGCGAAGGUGGAAUUCAAGACUGACUUUGGCGUCACCGGCGAGUCUAUCGGCACCUCAAAUGAAUGCCUUUUCCGAUUCCGUGGCCCGAUGGGAUUUUUCAACAGUCCGAGAUAUCCUGCAAAUUAUCCGCUUGAUACGAACUGCACCUACUUUAUCGAGGGCAGACCUGGCCAACAGAUUCUCAUACAUUUCGAGCAAUUCGCGCUCUAUCAAGGAAAAGAUGAGGAUCGCUGCAAAGAUUGGUUGGAAAUCUAUGACGUGUUCCAAGAUGGUGGUGAUGAGCGGCUUGUUUUACAAGAACGUUACUGCUCUGACACCCUUCCCGGUCCAACGGUAUCUGCGUUUGGCGCUUAUGCCAUGCGAGUGGUGUUCAGUUCGGAUUCGACGGGAAGCGGAAAUGGAUUCAAGGCUCUAUACGAGAUUCGACCUGCUGCUAAGGAGGACAUUCCUUCACACGAAACAAAGGAGCCACGCGGUGAAGGCCCGUAUCGAUGCGGACGUAGAAUUCGAGCAAGUGAAACAACACCCACUGGUUUUGUAAUGUCUCCAAAUUAUCCAGUAAAAUACAACAAGGAUGUGCAUUGUGAUUGGGAGAUUAUCGCAAGGAAUGGAUACAAGAUACUCCUUACCAUGGUAAAAAUGGAGAUCGAAGGUGAAAUGACAUCAAAUAAAGCAUAUUGUCAAAAGGCUGUUAUUCGUGUCACCGGUGCCCCACGUCCCGAGUAUUGUGGUACGAAUCAGAACGUUUUCACACCGUUUGUCACGAAAAAUAACACAGUACGCAUCAGCUUUCUGACAAGUCCUGAUAAAGUGAAUGGUCUUAAAGGUUUCAACAUGAGUUGGACGGAAGUGAGAGAAGUGAACGAUAUGAGUGAAUGCUCUUCACCGAAUGAGUAUAUGUGCACUUAUAGUAAAUUAUGUAUAAGUUCGUUGUUGAGAUGUAAUGGUGACGCGAAUUGUGGACAUCAAGACGAUACGGAUGAGACACAUUGUGCACGAGUGCAAUCAUCCGUCUACGGGUCGCUGUCAUUGUUGUUCACAAAUUCGGCUGCUAUGCUUCAGCUGAACGUCGGUCUACUCUACGGGCUUAUUGCUGUGCUGUCGAAUGUUCAUCUGACAGUGUGCUGUGCAAAUAAUGGUGCACGUAAGGAAAGCACCACCGAUAAAACUAUAGUCAUAGCCGGAGUGUUUUGUGGUGGCACGUUCUUAUUCAUUUGCAUCUUUUUCUGCUAUUUAUUCAAAUCGAAAUUGGAACGAAAGAAAAAACGACAACGAAGCCACGGAUCACGUCAUCGUCAUCGACAACCGUAUCGAUCGCAGAAGCCUGUUGGGAAAUCGAUAGCCGAUUCGGAGCUCCCAUCACCAGCCACAUCACGUUUCGUUCAUCAUGAUGCUACCGGAAUUUUGCCGCCAAUCACACUACAUACUAUCAACGAUCAAGACCAAACUUUCUAUGGAUAG